AUGGCAAACUACGAAAUCAAAAUCAUCUCCGACACCGUCUGCCCCUUCUGCUACCUCGCCCGCGCCCGCAUCGACCGCGCCGUCUCCCUCUUCAAGAAGACGGUCCCCGGCGCGUCCUCGUCCACCUUUACCAUCCGCUGGCACGCCUUCCAGCUCGACAGAUCGCUCCCACAAGGCCAGUCGACGUCGGUGCGGGACGUCGCCGUGCGGCGCUUCGGCGCGGACCGGCUGGCCGCGAAGCGCGCGCGCAUGGCGCAGCUCGGCGAGCAGGAGGGCUUCCGGUUCACGUUUGCGGGAAGGGUCGGGAACACGCGCGACUCGCACCGGGUGGCGCACCUGGGGAGGCGGGUGGGCGGGUGGGAGAUGGAGGACCGGGUGCAGAGGGAGGUGAUGGGCAUGUUCUUCGAGAGGGGAGGGGACAUCACGAGCUGGGAGGACUUGAGCGAUGCGGCGGAGAGGGCGGGGAUCGAGCGCGGGGUCGCGAUGAGGUGGCUUGAGGAGGCGAGGGGAGGGGAUGAGGUUGAUGAGGAGGUGGAGGAGAUGGAGAGAUUGGGGAUGAAGGGCGUGCCGAAGAUUGUGAUUGAUGGGGAGUUUGUGGUGGAGGGGGCAGAUGAUGUGACGGCCAUCUUUGAGCAGCUGUAUAAGGCCAAGGAGGCCAAGGGGGCCAAGGACAAGAACUGA